AGCUGGAUUGCUCAUGUUAACUUCGAGCAUAUCAAAAGAUCUACUUCACUUACCAGCUUUUUUCGCAACUAAAUAAUACAUGAAGUGAUAGUGAUGUUGGUAAAGUGAUAUAGUGCAGUGAGGUAGUUUGAUCGUCUUGAAAUUGUACGUUUAGUGUAUCCCGGCUUAAAAACAUUAAAAUAACUAUCCACCACUUGAACUAUAAGUCCUUCUUACGUUCAGAACUCUUCGUCCUCAUAUCUCCUAUGCAUAAGGACGACUGCUGACUUCCACCACGCCAGGCGAAUAUCGACUCCAAAGCUAAGCCUGAAUAUAUGCACAUGGAAAGACGAAACUUCCUACUACCAGCACUGUAUAACGACCAUCUUUACCUGAACUCACGGAGACAUGUUAAAAAACGGGGUUCUCAAACUACUGUUAGAGACGCAGCAACCACCACACCGCUGUUGAUGUGUGGCUCUCAACACUGAACGAUUGACUAAUAGAUCUGGAGCUAUGAACUGGUCGAAUCAGUGAGAUUUUCCCAAUAAGACAUUGGUGACUUUAAUUAAGGAAGAAAAUGUGAACAAAGAAGAAACACUGCCAUUGAAACUAGAACUAUCGAUAAUCAAAAUGAAGGAGUUUGGCGAUAAAUACAACCUAUUGAAAAGGCGCGUUGAUCAACAACAGGACUUUUCCCGUCGCAAUAAGAUCCGCAUCGAGGGCGUCGAGGAGACAGCGGAGAUGACGCAGGAGAAAGUUCAGCACCUUCUGCGUGACACCCUAGAGAUAAGAGAGGUGCAGCUGGAACGGACAUAUCGGAUCGGGAAUCCUAUUCGUCGGGCAGAGCAGUCUCGACCUCGAACCACCAUUGCCCGAGUCUCUCAUUUUGCCUGGUGAGAACAACCUUUACGUAAUUCCCCGAAGUAAGAGAAUACGCCACUUUCAUAAACGAAGAUUUGCACGAGGCAGUUGUGGACUGCACAAUGAUAGAGGCGAAGAGAGCACAAGUAACAGAAAAAAAUGCCUUUUUCUGAGGCACGCGACAACAGCAAGGUUGAGGAUGAGAAUUCCCCUCCUGCCUUGGGCGGAUGCGUGGGCGGCUGCCUGGGCAGUUGCGUUGGCGGGUGCAGCGGAGGCGACAGCAGUGACCUCGACCUCGGCGACGACCUCUCCGAUGACACGCGAGACUCGACCUCCGACGACGACCACGGCGACGACCCUUCCGGCGGCGCGAACCUCUCCGGCGGGAACCAGAGCCGCCGCUUCCUCACUUGGCGCCGGUCGCAAGCUUCCACGUGCGACGGCAACGAAGCGAGCGAGGGCGGUGUGGUUCUCGAGGUGGGCCUUGGAGAGGUGACCGAAGAGCGAGGCGUCGUGGGUCAUCACCGCAACAUCAGGAAAGUCUUCACCAACACGCGGGAGCGCUGGCGGCAGCAGAACGUGAGCGGAGCCUUCGCCGAGCUGCGCCGCCUCGUGCCCACGCAUCCGCCCGACAAGAAGCUCUCGAAGAACGAGAUCCUCAGACUCGCUAUAAAAUACAUCAAUCUCCUCAAUUCUGUCCUCGAAUGGCAGCGACGGCAGGAUGACUCGUUUUAUCCCACUCACGACCAAGACAAUUGUAACAACAACAACAGUAGUAGCAACAACAAUAACAGGCGAAACGGGACUGUGCUGAGCAGCGGGAACGGCCAGCGCGGGUCUCCCCUCUCCCCGCGCGAGACCUGCAUCAGCAUCGACACUUCCCUUCGCUUCCGCCACCACCUUCAUCGGUCUUCCUCCCCGCAGUCGCCGGAGUCGCCGCCACCGACGUCAUCCACCUCCUCAUCCUCAUCCUCUCCUUCCCCUUUAUCUUACUCCUCCCCCUCUGUGGCGCUCCCCCGCCCCUCGCCCAUCCCCAUCACGCAUUACUCCAUCCCUUCGUCUACCGCCACACUCACUUCCCCGGCCACAUCCCCGCGGCCGCACGCCUCUUCCACGACUUCGAGGGUCAUCUCUCCGCCUCCCGAAGAAGGGUCGCAGAGCACGGCGGCGCGGUUUCACCCGUACGUGCUGGCGGUGCGGGUGCGUCCGGGCCUCACGCUCCUGCACCCUCAGGCCAAGUGAAGCAAGGAGGAAUCUCCGCUUUUACCGAAUGUUAUUACUCUACGUAUCUGAAACUGCCAGUAUAUAUCAUCAUUUACGUUCAUAUGUAAAUAUAUUGAUGCCCAUAAAAACAGUCAAUUAAAAAAAAGAUAAUAAAAAAAUAACGAUAUUCCAUAGAGUAGCAUUAUGACUGCAGAGUAAACGUAAUACCAAGUUUUAGCUCUGGUUGUGAUGACGAAAAAAAAAAAAUCAUCACAGCUGUUCACAUACUGUAUAACCAAUGAGUUGUGAAGUUUCUUGUGAUAACCGGAAUAUUAUUAUUGUUAAUUGUAACCUCCUUAUCUACUCUCGAUAUGAGUGAUAUGUGUACAUCGAUACUUCUUUCCACGUGAGUAGUUUAUGCAUGUAAACGGAGGUGGAUGGAUGUUGUAGGUGAAUGUUCUGUCUUAAUAAUUAUUGUGGUCAGUCGUCUGUGUUAUAAACCUGUAUACCAAAGUUUA